AUGAAGAAAGUGAUUGGGAUCACUCAAAUCGUAAGGCUAAGGCAAGUUGUGAGGCGCUGGAAAACCAGAAGCCUCAUGAGGCGCUUUAGUGAAGAACCGGACGGUCUGAACCAACACACUCCGCCUGGUUCAGUGGCGGUCUAUGUCGGGUUGGAGCGUGACCGGUUUGUGGUUCCAACCCGGUUCUUGAACUAUCCGGUAUUCGUGGCCCUUCUGGACCAGGCGGAGGAGGAGUUCGGGUACCAACCAAACGGCGCCAUCUCGCUGCCGUGCGAAACUGGUUUCUUCCGCCACGUCAUCAACCUCCUCGAGAAAGAUGAGAAAACAUUUCAUAGUUUAGGACUUCAUGAGUUUGUACAGAUGUUUUAA